AUGUCAGUCCACAACAUGAGCUCUCUAGCCGUGACGUCAGUAGACAACGUCUCAUGUUGUUUCCCAGGUGUCGUGGGAGGUCAGAGGUCAGGGUUAAUCAGUGACGCUGUGUCGGCCAUAGUCACGGAUCUCGUUCUCAAGGUUGUCGUUCAGUUCGUACUGGGCGUCUUCUGCAUUGUUGCCAACAUCGUCAACAUGAUUGUCUUCAUCAAGAUCGGCUUGGAUGACAGUAUAACCGUUGCGUUUUUCGCCCUGUCCAUCUCAGAUUUAAUGUUUGUAGGGAUCUAUUUAGUGGUCAGCAUCCUAUCCAUGUUGUAUAACGUGGUCAAGCUGCGGCAGUACGUUCAUUUCCCUUCUAUUGCAUUCCAGCUCGUCUGGUACAGCGACGCCUUCUUCGAUGCCUCAAUGCUGAUCACUGUUUUCCUCUCAGUACAGAAGUGCGCAUGCGUAGCUAUCCCCUUGUUGUUCAAAAACGUCUUCACGAGAUCCCGAAGCGCCGUGGUGGUAGUGGUCAUUUACGUGGGAACCUUCACUUGGUAUAUGCCUCUUCUCAGCCAGCAAGGAAUGGGGGAAAGGUUCGACCCACGGAAAAACACGACCACCUUAAUGUACAAAGCACCACCACACUUUCCUCUCAUGCUGCAAUUGUACAAUUCUGUAAGCCGGAGCGUGCUACCAGGAGUUUCUCUUUCUCUGAUUAUCAUUUCUGUCAUCGUCCUCACCAUCAAACUCAAACAAGCUAGCAGGUUCCGACAGGCUUCCGCCUCCCAUAACAACAAGGACAACAACAAAAACUCAGACUCAUCUUCCACGAAACAAAACCCCAGCUCCAGCAAAGAGCUUCAGGUCAUCAAGGCCGUGACCUAUAUUUCUGCCAUCUUUGUAGUCUGUUAUAUUCCAAACAUCAUUGUCUCUUGCUGCCAAAUCGUUUUUCCAGAAUUGUCCGACAAAGGGCGAUACAGAAACAUAAGGACUCUUGUGGAUGAAAUACACAGCGUUAUGACAACAGUCAACUCUUCCGUGAACAUCUUCAUAUAUUUCACUUUUAACACUCGCUACAGGGAGAAGCUGGUCAGUCUGUUUUCCCAGUUCCGUAGAUCUAGGAGCCGAUAG